AUGCCUCCUCGGCCGUUGCCGCUCGUCAAAGCCGGAGUCCAAACCACGCGCGGUUCGGACCGUGCACCCGGCCUUGGGGACCCUGAUGUGGCAGCUCUCGGGACGGGGUGGCCGGCCGACGACGGUGCUGUCUCGGCUCGGUUUCCGGCUCGCUCCGGGAGGGAAGCGGGAGAGGACGGGCCAGAAAGGAGCUCGGCCAAGGUGCGAGCCCCCCCGAACUCGUGGAGCGGAGAACGUCUUGCCAGGACGACGGCUGCUCGUCGAGAGCCGCGUCACCUGGAGGGCAUCAGUGCGGAUGACGAUGCGGGCCGUGGGGACCAAGGGAAAGGCGGCCACACCAAGGAGCAGCAGCGAACAGCAAUGAGGAAGGAGGCUCUUGGAUUUAAAACCGGGACGUCUUAUUCAGGAAUGGCGACUUCAGUGGUGGCUGCGUCUCGGAAGCGCACUGGCCUCCAGAGCGACACUGACCACGACGAUACCAGUGUCUACUCGCUCAGCAGUGAGGACUCCUCCGAUGACGACUUUCAGCUUCGACAGCCCCCGCCACAACCGAAGCCACAGCCGAAGAAACCGCCGGGGCCACAACCGAUGGCACAGCUGAAGCUACAGUCGAAGCCACAGCCGGAGCCACAGCCGGAGCCACAGCCGAUGCUACAGCCGAUGCCAAAGCCGGUGCCACAGCCGGAGCCACAGUCACAUCAAAGGAUACAGCGCACCGCGGUAGAGUCCACAGCGCUGACUCCCGAUAAUUUGUCCGAAGAAGACCAGCAAGUGGUUAGAUAG